CAUAAAGUUUCAUUUGGCAGUACAAAAUGUUGACUCGAAAUGCUGAACAAGUUUUGAGAAUUUUCCUAAUUUUAGCGAAAAUGCGUAAAUUAAAACUGCGAUUAAAACAGAAGCGCCGAUUUUGGGUUCGGAAAUUGUACUUAGAGCGACACAAAUAUGGAUUGUUUGAAAGUUCAUUAAGAAACUUGGCUGCAGAUGAGGAGCAGUUUAACAAGACAUUAAGAAUGCCCUUUUCGUUAUUUAAUGUGCUGCACGAAUUUCUGGAGGCUUCGCUGACCAAAUAUUCAAUCAGAACACCAAUAUCGAGCCGCUGCAGACUAUUUAUAACCCUGAUAUAUUUGGCUCACGGUGGCACUCGGCAAUUCCACACAAUAGUUCACAGGAUCGGCCUGACGACUUUCAGGAAGAUUACGUUGGAGACAUGUAUGACCAUAUGGGAUCUGUUAGCUGACCUGUAUGUGGCGACCCCGUCAGAAACGGAAUGGGGACGUAUUUCCAAUGAGUUCAAGUCGCUGUGGAAUAUGCCCAACUGCGUUGGUUCCAUCGACGGAAAGCACAUUAAUAUUACCUGUCCAGCGAAUUCAGGGUCGAUGUACUAUAAUUACAAAGGCAAUUAUAGUAUCGUGCUUUUGGCCGUAUGUGAUGCCAAUUAUACCUUUACCUGCGUUGACAUCGGAGCAUAUGGAAGUCAAAGCGAUGGCGGUGUCUACCACUUUUCAAAACUGGCAGAUGCUAUUGAAAAUGAUAAGCUCGGCCUUCCACAUGAUCAGCCUCUGCCAGGAGAAACCGAGCCAUUUCCACAUUAUUUAGUAGGAGAUGCUGCUUUUCCCUUACGGCGUUAUUUAAUGCGACCAUAUCCGGAUAGAGGUAUUCCAGAAGAGCAAGAGUAUUUCAAUAAAAGACUCUCUCGUGCAAGAAGAGUUAUAGAAAACGCAUUUGGAAUACUCACUGCCAAAUGGAGAAUAUUGAGAACGACGCUAUGCAUGGCCCCGAAAAAUGCAGAACAAAUAGUGAAAGCUUGUAUUGUCUUGCAUAAUUUUAUUAAGCUUUCGUGUGCAAACUAUGUAGCAAGCGAUUUUGUUGAUCGCUACGAAGAGGAUGCCACCAUCGCUGGCCCAUGGCGAAACGAAGUAGUUCCAUUGCCCUCAAUAAGUAGGGUGUCAUCGAACCGAGGCAGUUCAAAUAAUUAUGAUUUAAGGGAUGCUCUGAAGACACAUCUUUUUAACAAUAAAAUUUAAAUAAUUACUACUCACUGAA